ACCUCUCGGCCUAACCAGCAGCGGGCGCCUUUAAGAGAAGCGCUGGGUACCCGGGGGCGGGAGCCAUCGGCAGCCGGCAAGGCGGAGGCACUGCCGGGCGAUGCCCCGACUCUCCGCCGCCGCCUCGGCCUCCUCCUGCGCUAGGGGCUCGGAGCUGCGGGUCUGCGGGGCGAUGUCCGCAAAGUUCCAGGAGGCAGCGGCCGGCUUCUCCCUGCGCUCCAGCCGCGGCGCCUUUUGUGCGAGGCAGAAGGAUUCUUGUGGAAGAUGGAACUCUGUCCAUUUUCCAGAAUGUGUGUCCGAGCCCAUCAGUGGAACCUGACCCUACAGUGCUGUAUCGAAAUGCCUGAAGAGGACCCACAUUUCUGCCUGAACCUCCUGUCCUCCUAAAAUCAUGAUUGUCUCAGCGGUGUUGACUGCAUCCCAUACUGGGAUAUCCAACACAACAUUUGUAGUCUAUGAAAACUCCCAUGUGAAUAUUACGGUGUCCCCACCAUUGCAACAUCCCAGCCCUGGUCCACUGCUUAGAUAUAGUCUGGAAACCAUGACUAGCACUGGACUUAGUUCCUUAGCAGUGAACAGCACAGCCAUGACCCCGACACCAGCAGUUUUUAAGAGCCUAAACUUAGCUCUCCAGAUCAUCCUUUCGGCUAUAAUGAUAUUUAUUCUGUUCGUGUCUUUCCUUGGAAACUUGGUUGUUUGCCUCAUGGUUUACCAAAAAGCUGCCAUGCGUUCUGCCAUUAACAUCCUUCUGGCCAGCCUGGCUUUUGCAGACAUGCUGCUUGCCGUGCUGAACAUGCCCUUUGCCCUGGUAACUAUUCUUACCACCAGAUGGAUAUUUGGGAAAUUCUUCUGCAGGUUGUCUGCUAUGUUUUUCUGGUUGUUUGUGAUAGAGGGAGUUGCUAUCCUGCUCAUUAUUAGCAUUGAUAGGUUCCUGAUUAUAGUUCAGAGGCAAGAUAAGCUAAAUCCAUACCGGGCUAAGGUCCUUAUUGCAGUCUCCUGGGCUACUUCUUUUUCCAUAGCUUUUCCUUUGGCUGUGGGAAAUCCUGAUUUGCAAAUACCUUCCCGAGCCCCACAGUGUGUGUUUGGGUACACAACUAAUUCUGGAUACCAGGCUUAUGUGAUUUUGAUCUCACUAAUUUCUUUCUUUAUACCUUUCCUGGUGAUACUGUAUUCAUUUAUGGGCAUCCUCAACACCCUUCGGCACAAUGCCUUGAGGAUUCAUAGCUACCCAGAAGGAAUAUGCCUCAGCCAGGCCAGCAAACUUGGUCUCAUGAGUCUACAGAGACCCUUCCAAAUGAACAUCGACAUGGGCUUUAAAACACGUGCCUUCACCACCAUCUUGAUCCUCUUUGCUGUCUUCAUUGUCUGCUGGGCCCCAUUCACCACAUACAGCCUUGUGGCAACCUUCAGUAAGCACUUUUACUAUCAGCACAACUUCUUUGAGAUUAGCACCUGGCUACUUUGGCUCUGCUACCUCAAGUCUGCAUUGAACCCACUGAUAUACUACUGGAGGAUUAAGAAGUUUCAUGAUGCCUGCUUGGACAUGAUGCCCAAGUCCUUCAAGUUCUUGCCACGUCUCCCUGGUCACACAAGGCGACGGAUACGCCCGAGUGCUGUCUAUGUGUGUGGGGAGCAUCGGACGGUGUUGUGAAUACUGUAACUCUGAGACGUUUGGAGUCAUUAUGGGUCUUUACUGACUGAAAUUUUUUCAUAUGGCUUCUAAACUUUUGGGUUUUUUUUUAAUAGUGUGUGUGUGUGUGUGUGUGUGUGUGUGUGUGUGUGUGUAUGUGUGUGUGUGUUGUAAAGAAAGAAUGGUAAAUACUUUGAUCCUGAAACCAAGGGUAAGAAAGUGGAAAGUGGUCACAUGUUACCUCUAGAUUAAGAAAGCUUUGGGGGGAGGUGUUUGUUUAGUUGACUGGUUUUAUUUUUGCAGCAUGAAUCAAGAUUGUGCUUCAUGGAACCUGCAGUUAACUUGAAUUGUAGGUGGGUUUUGUUGUUGUUGUUGUUGUUUGUUUGUUUUGUUUUUAUGUUGCUGAGGCAAGCUUGGUUGAGUUAAUCAGUUCCUUUUCCUUUCCUACAAGACACUGCUGCUCUUUGCCAUCAUAUUGGAAUCAAAUCCCUAGGCAUCUCAGUUGGCAGAUACUUAGUUUUAUUUAAAAACAAAACCCAAGGAGGUUGAUGACAUUUCAAAGGUUAUUACAACUUACUUUGGUGCACUUUAAGAGACAAUGUACAAAUUAAUUCAGCUGUGUUCUUAGAAUUGUUUUUAUAUAUGACAUAUUGUGCUUUGAGAGACAUGUGCUUAUGAUCUCUAGGUAGGUAAUUUUUAUUAAACAAUGUUUUAGCUGAAUGUACAAUUUUAAAAGGAACACAAACACAUAGGGAUUUUUCUAAGUACUAGUGAGUUUUCAGAGCACCAGGGAACCACCGAGGAGGCACAGCACUCUAGCAAAUUUCAGGGAAGGAGGAGCAGAAUGAGAGGGUGGCUGGUCCAACUUGUGGCCAUCUUGCUGAAUUCUCACCAAGUUCAGAGAGAAGGGGCCACCACCAUGCAGUGGUGCUGUAUUCAAGGUGUGGUGCAGUGCUCUGCCCUCGUGGCUUUUUAUGAGGUAGGUAUCACUUGUUUUCUUUUUAAGACGAAAGAAAAACAAGUUUCCGAGGGACAAAAAUCCUGCCCAGAGGUUUUGGUAGAGCUGGCCUCCAAACACCUGAGAAGCAGGUACAGCUGCUCCAUUGUGCCACAUAGACUCCUCAUUCAUUUUGAACCUGCCAUAGUCAAGGGGUCGGGGUGUUACACAUUCUUUUUUUCUCUUCUCUUCUUCUCUUCUUUUCUCUUCUCUUUUUGAGACAGGGCUACCAUGAAGACCAAGCGGGCUUUGAAGUUGCUGUGCCUGACUUGGAGUUUCUAAAGAAAGCAAAUGACUUUGGCCAGGGUCUGAAGAUCAAUAUAAAUAUGAAAAUAGUGUGAUUUUUCAAUCUAUAGAACAAGCGACUGACAGCUACUGAGUGCUUAGUACAGCUGGGGGUGGAUCUUGCCCUGGCAGCUUUGGAGGUUGUCAACUGUCUAGCGUGCUCUAACAUGGUCUGUAGAGGGACCUUUUGCCUCAGCGCUUGCCUUAGCAGAGCUCAAGUUUGUGAACUUCAGAGGUGUGCCUGCCCAAGAGAAGGGAAGAUAAACCCUGUGCUGAGUUUAGAUGAACUUUACUAGGUCUGGUUUGGGAGUUUUCAUUCCUUUUCUUUAGGUGUCUGCCUGUCCUGGUACAUCCAGGUCAGCUUCCCUCUGUUACUAGUGGUACACCUUACCUUAUAAAAUAGCCAGCAGGGUGGAGCUGCAGAUUAAAGCCACCAGGGCUUAAAAGUAGCCCUCUAACUGCACUCUGGGCUAAGGGAGCACUUGCCAUGGAUGUAUAGCACCUUUUCAGAAUUUUCCUGCUUUGUGAGCCAUUGGGAAAAACAAGCCUGUGCUUCCUCAACUAUAAAAACCCAAGCUGGAUUACAGGAAUUGUUGAUAUCUUAUCUAACCCUGAGGCUUUUUUGUUUAUUUUUGUUUUGCUUUCCAUAUGUGAGUAUAGUUGGAAGAGCCCGGCCUACUUCAGGGCUAUUGUCUGGUCUUCAGUAUUACUUUACAUUUGCUUUGUUAGCUCUUUCUUAUAUGGUGUCUAAAGAGCUCUGGCAUGGUCAUCAGGAAUUGGGAUGUUGGCACUUCGUUGGCAGCACCAACAACCUGGGAAGUCCUGUUCUUGAGGCGAUUGCAACCAUGUUGGAAAUGCCCUGUCUGUUUCAUCAGCAUUAGGGACUAGUGUACACUAUUUACCACAUUAUGUUGAGAUCAUUGCAUAUGAGAGCCACCUACCUCUUUAAUUUCUAAUUUAUAUUUAUCACAGGUAAAUACGACUUUGUUCAUUGGGAUCAUAUAGGACUUUAACACUGUAGUAGAUGUUUAGCAGCACAUUGAAAUGUAUUUUGCUUUCCAUUGUCAAUAUAAACUGGAUUAGAAGCAGAUAUUAAUACAGAUGCUGAAAAUUCAACUUUCAAGAAAGACACCACUGUGUAUAUUGAUGCAUACUGGUAACUCUUGAGACCCUUUUGGGACUGUAGUUGAAUGGAGUGUCACAUUCUCUAUUCUUGUUCAUGUGCAGUUGAAGGUACUCUCUUCUGGUUUGGAGGCAGCUACACUUGGCCAGUGCUCUGCAGAGACUGCUGGACCAACAUGGGAAGCCAUGGGGAAGGAGACGUUGAUCAGCAACUCUUUUUACACUGGCUAAUCUGUUCAGAUGACAGUUUACAGAUCACUUUAAAUAUUUUUGUACUUUUUGAAAGCUUUAGGAGAAAAUAUGGUGCACCAUCAAGGAAUUUAGGCACAAAAUUGCAUGUUGUCUAUUAUUCCAUGGUUUUUUGAUGGGGAAAUACCACUAUUAACCAUUGCUGGCUGACAUAAUCAGAAAUUAUUUAUUUUUCCUCCUAGCUAAUAUGAUGCAUGAAAGAUAUAAGAAAAUAUUUGUUGUCAAAAAAAAAAAAAGAAAAAUUUCAAAUAGUUGGCAGUAGUGAUAUUUAAACUUUAAUAGGCAUUUGAAUAUCCCCAGGGAAGGUCAACAAUACAAAUUCCUGGGCCUCUGGGUCAGUGGUUGGGCACAAGAAUGUUUAUUUUUAUUAUGUUGAGUGUUUUGCCUGAUUCUGGUUCAGAUGGUCACUGGGGCACAGUUCCAUGAAUUCCUGCUGUAGAAAAUAAGUGUAUCAUUUAAAUACUGCCUGUUUUAUCUUAAAGCAGCUGUGUAUCGGAAGCCAGUAGUGGUCCACAAUGAAAUAAAGUCUACAUGGUUUGUGCACAUGGUCUCCAGGUGUGCUGGUGUGGAUUUGACCAGCACCAGCUUUCCUUUCACUGGCAAAGUCUGAUGAACCAUAUGGUUUCACAGUAGGGGUCCAAGAAUGACUCACUAAUUGUAAGUCAUGACUUCCAGAAGGCUAAUUAGUAUAGUAUUUCUUUCCUGCAGAUGUCUCUACAGGGCAUCUCUUCAUCAUGUGUGAUUUCCUGAAGAGAGUGAGGGGAAUGUAAAGGCUCAUCUAAUGCCUAGUUCUCUGCUUAGAGCAGUUGUUCACUUGAAGCAUGAAGUAAAAUAAAAUAAUCUUUUAAUCUUCAUACUUUUGUUGGUGACAAAGAUACUUAAUUUCUUUGAUCUUUGCUUUGUUUACAUGAAAAUAUCUAUGUAUAUAUCACAAAUAUUCCACAUGCUUGCUGUUUUAUCCUGUGAUGAUUUUUGAGUUUAAAGUACUACUAGAUUCAAAUUUAUUUCCAUAACCAUAAUUUUGAUGAACUGCCUUCAUUGAAAACUCAGUUUUUAUAAUAAUGAAUAAAAGUAUCAAAGCACAUGUUUGUUAUUGCAAGUAAAUGUUAAUACAUUUCUUAGCUAUCUAUAGGUACUUGUCAUUUGUAAUUAAAAUUAAUUUAUUUUAAAAUGGUACCUAGGCUUUAAUGAAUAAAAACGUUUAAUUUGGGGUUGUAACAUUUAAAUCUCAAAAGUAUGUUUAUUUGCUAAUAUUCUUAUUACAACCAAGAAAAGAGCUACCAUAAGAAAAUGAAUAAAUGUUUAAUAUUUCUAAA